AUGGACGGCGGAGGCGCUUCUGCUGCCGGAGGAGGAUUCUUCGGUGGCUCGCAUGAUCACGGCCAUCACGGCCAUCACGGCCAUCACAACAACGACCAAUCUCACCACCACUCGCAUCAGCAUAGCCAUCCAGCACCAGCACCAGUACAAGCUCCUGUCGACCCAACACCGCACUUCCCUCCGCCACACCAAGCCCCUCCAACCGGAGUCAGAAUGGCAGCUACCGGAUCCGCUGCAGGAUCUCGCGCAGCUCCCACGCAGGGAGGUGAAGAGGCGCAGUGGUCGCUCAAGGACAUCUACUGGCGCGGACGCGAGUGCAAGAUCAUCACGCAGAACCAGAACGGGCCGUGCUCGUUGAUCGCGCUGUGCAACAUCCUGCUGCUGCGCGGCGAGCUCACCAUCACGCCUCCGGACCGACCUGUGGUAAGCUAUUCGUACCUCUCGCAGCUGAUCGCCGAGCACCUGCUUAGCAAGCCGUUGGAAGGCGCUGCUCAGGGCGAGCUCGAAUCGGCGCUCUCGACGCUACCGCGCACGCAGUACGGACUAGAUGUCGACGUCGGCUUCGACUCGAUCAGCGAGUUCGCCGCCGCCGCUGGAGACGGUCGGCAGGGCGGAGCGGGCGAGCUGGCGCUCUUUCGGCUGUGUAGCGUGCCUCUCGUGCAUGGAUGGCUUCCGGACCCGGCGGACAGCACGACGUAUGAGGCGGUCAAGAAGGCCGGCAGCUACAACCGCGCCACGGACAUUGUUGUGCGCGGCAACGAGGUGGCCGAGGGAGCAGUGGUGCGCGACCGCGGCGUGGGAACUUUGGCAGCUAGCCUUGCUAGCGAGACUUCGGUCGCCAACGGCAAACGACCCGAGCGCCGUGGCUGGACGGAAGAGCAUUACGCCAUUGUGCGGCAGGCAUUGGCGCUGCAGACGUUCCUGGACAAUACGUCGACGCAGCUGACCUACAACGGUCUGUUUGUGCUGGCACAGGAGGUGGCUGCUGGCGAGCCUGUGGCGCUGUUCCGCAACUCGCACCUCUCGGUGCUGUACAAGCGGCUGCCGAACGAAGGUCUGGAUGCAGCCGAUGGCAGCGGUGCCGCGACGCCUGCACCGCCGACGCUGUUCACGCUGGCGACCGACUCGAGUUUCUUGCUAGAGGACGAGAUCGUCUGGGAGAGCCUUGUGGACGUGGACGGAGCAAGCAGCGAGUUCUACGACGGCAAGUUCCGCAAGUCGACCCUGCGCCAGGGCGACUAUGUCGGUCGCGACGCCGACGUCCUCGGAGGUGCGGGCGGCUUGGGUGGGGAAGGCCUGCACGCGAACGAGGAUGCCGACUAUGCGCUUGCGAUGCAGAUCUAUCAGAACGAUCAGGACCGGAUCGCGCGACAGCAGCAGCGUCGCAGGGGCCGCCAGUCACAGGGCGGAUACUCGUCCAGGUCAAGACCAUCGCAGCAGCAGCCAGCUGGUGGUGUGGGCAUGGGCAUGGCCGCCCUGCCUGCACCCGCAUUCGAGACGCCGCGCGAGGUGUUUACGACGAUGCGCUACGAACAGGAGCCGCAACAAGGCGAAGCGGCGGAUGCGCUGGUGGCGGCGAGCCUAAUUUCUGCUGGAUUGCGGGCCGAGCACCAGUCGUUGCUGGAUGCCAUGCAGAGUUUGUCUGUUGGAGGAGGCGCAGGAGGCCAGAGAGUGGAUUCGGCUGUUGCUCCGGCUCAGUCGACCAAUCCUUUCCUGAAUGCGAGCGAAAGCCAAACCAACGCGAUUUCGACCACGACGAAUCCCUUCCUUCGAGGCGCAGCGACCGAGGCGGCUACUCCGACUCUCGCACCCAGGCAUCGGCUGUUCCGACACAUUCCUCUUCUGUCGCAGCAUCUGGAGCGAUUGGUGUCGUCGGCGGGUGCGAUGUGCCGCGUGUAUUCUGCAGUGUGGUCGAUGGCUGUGCUGGAGCAGCAGGGCUCGCUGCAGCCCGAGCGCAUUUUGCAAGCCAUUGAAUCGAGCCUGGCGAGCUCAGCAGCUCAGGAUGGCGAGGGUGCGGUCAAGGGCAUCCGCGUGGCCAUCGGGCGAGACGGCUCGAUCCGCGUGACGCAACGCACCAUCAGCGCGUUUCCCAGCAUGCUCGACAGCGGUUCGAACGCAGCACGACCGCCGAGCGUGCGCUUGGAUGCGGCGCCGACGAGGGUUCGAACGAUGGAUCUGGAGCCGCUCGUGUUCAACAAGACGGACGCGCGUGGCUUCUACGAGGCGGCCAAGCAGAGGGUGGGAGCGGAUCCGAGCGUGCUCAGCGGCAUUCGAGAGGGCGACCAGAGGUGUUUCGACGUGAUCCUGUGGAACGACGAGCAGAUGGACACGCUCGACCAGGCCGAUGCCGCAAUCCCAUCUGCACCCAAGCGACUGGUGACCGAGUCGAGUCUGGCCAAUGUCGUGGUGGAGCUGACCGGAGGUGGUGCCGGCGGUUCGCGCUUCAUCACGCCGCGCACGUCGGCAGGCAUGCUGGACGGCUUGCUGCGCAGGUGGUUGGUCGACAAGGGCGUGGUGGACGAGCAAGACAUCGAGGUGGACGAGCUGAUCAGCUGGGUGCGCCAGGGCACGGCCCAACUCUGGCUAUGCAACUCGCUGCGUGGUCUCUGGAAGGUUGAGCUGGUCGAGGGACCGCUCUCCGCCGUUCCAGCCGGCGCAGUUGGCUCAGCAGGUGCAGCCGGCACAGCCAUGGGCGCAGGCGCAGCCGCGAACGAGGGCAAGAAGAAUCGCUUCUCUAAGCUCAUCAAGGGCUCGUCGCGCCCCACCAACGCCUCAGCUCGCACUCAGACUGGCACUUCCUCCGGCUUUGAGGCGCGACAGAGCGACGCCGUGCACGACCAGGUGAUUGACGACCUCUACGGGCACAGGCAGGGCGGCGCCAACCAGAGCAAGCUCCAGGGCCGCAAGGGCAACAAGUCCAAAGAUGAUAAGAACUGCACCGUCAUGUGA